AUGUCGGUGAACAUCAAGGUGCACAGCAGCCACAACAUGAAGUUCCAGGAGGUGACGAUCGUCGAAGACGACGCCGAGUGCCCUAGAGGCGGUCAGGUGCUUAUGUGCAAGAGCGUGGGGUACGAGUGUCAGGACAGCGGCGACGGCGUCCAGAAGUGCCUGAGACGCGACAGCUCGUUCCUGGACAAAGUUGACAACAAGACCGCGACGUACUGGGCCAAAUGCAGCCACACGGACCACUCUCUACCGUCCAAAUGCCUCGGUCAGUUCCAGUGUAUCGCCACGGACUUUGCCAAUAAAAACUCCCGCUGCUACCCGCCUGACGUGUGGCGCGGAGAGCGCGCUGUCGCCGAAACCUGCAAAUCCUCUGAUGGAAAGAAGAAUGAGUGUGACAAGGGCCAGUACUGCCGCACGCACAACGACAAGCAGGAGUGUGCUCCGAUGCCGUACCCGCCGUCAGGUACGUCGUACCUGAGUGACUGCACGAGUGACGGCAAGUGUGACGAAGGCUUGACCUGUAAAAGUUUUCCUCACUUCUCGACGUGCACGGACGAGAACGAGUAG